UCUUGUUUCGAAGAUAAGCAAACUCUUAUCAGUCAUUAGUACGAAAGUGCUUACCAGCUACAGACAUAUUUAUUAUUCAGUUUGUUUCUGACAGUCAGUUUUGAAGGAGCAUUGUAUUUCUACUAAAGAAAAAUUAUAGCUUCGUCAUGUCAUUUUACGAUGAAAAUUAUCCCAAGGAGCACCCGCGUAACUUGAUUCCUGAAUUAUGCAGACAAUUCUAUCACCUUGGAUGGGUUACAGGAACGGGAGGAGGCAUUUCUAUAAAAGAACAUGAAAAGAUCUACAUUGCACCUUCAGGAGUUCAGAAGGAACGUAUAUGUCCCGAUGAAAUGUUUGUUCAUGACAUUAAUGGAACGGUUAAAGAGACCCCACCUGCUGAAAAAAAGCUGAAACCAUCCCAAUGUACACCGUUGUUCAUGUGCGCAUAUACUGCUAGAAAUGCAGGGGCAGUUAUUCAUACUCAUUCUAAAUUUGCGGUAAUGGUAACUCUACUGUGGCCUGGAAAGGAAUUCAGAGUGACACAUCUCGAGAUGAUAAAAGGAAUACGAAACCAAAAAUUAGGACGAGCCUACCGUUAUGACGAAGAAUUGGUUGUGCCGAUAAUAGAAAAUACGCCGUUUGAAGAGGAUCUGAAGGAACGUAUGGCGGAGAUAAUUGCAGAAUAUCCCGAGACGAGCGCAAUUCUGGUCAGAAGACAUGGCGUUUACGUCUGGGGUGACAGCUGGCAGCAGGCUAAGACCAUGACGGAGUGCUACGAUUAUUUGUUCGAUAUCGCUGUCCAGAUGAAACAGUUCAAUUUGAACCCUAUUUCAACUCCAGAGCAGUACGAAUUACGCUACCAGCAUGAAACCAAGGGCGAAACCGAAUCUCAAUAGUGAUCGAAAGGGUGUACCGGUCGAUUGAGUAUGCACUUACGCUUGAUUUUGUAACAUUUAAUGUAUUUACAGUACGAAAAUAUACGUAUGUUGCGUUUGGAA